AUUCUUAUAAUUCUUAUUUUUAUACUAGCUGAAUGCCCGUUCUUCGCACGGGGUGAAUAAAAAAUAAAUAAAGUAUCAAUAAAUCACAGAAGAGAAACACUACGAAAUUAUGCUCAUAACUGAAAAGCACAUAAGCGACACAAUGAAAGAGCUUAAUGAAAGAACCUAGAUAAUAUAACAUUGUGAUAACAAAAAGCAGAAUUUAAAUAUGGAGCAAUCACAACAGGCAGCAAUCAGUAGAGACACUGAUAAAAAUGCAAAACCUGAUAAUUAUAAUGAAUUCACAAAAGCAAGAAUUAUAAAAAACUUAGUAUUGGUAAGCUUUACUUUUCUAUUAUCAUUCAUCGCCUCUGAAGGAUUAGCCUUCCUACAAAGUACAAUGAAUAAAGAAGUAGGUCUUAUAUGCUUUGCUGUUCAGUACGCAUGUGGCUGUAUUGCAUGCCUGUUUCUACCAAAAUACUUGAUUAAGAAAUUCGGUAGUAAACUUGUAAUGGUGAUUUCCAUGUUUGCGUACGUCCCUUAUUUGUCUUCAAACUAUUACCCUGUGUUUGGUGUGAUGAUGCCAGUUUCUAUAAUUGUUGGUUUUGCAUCCUCUCUUGUUUUUAGUUCCCAAUGCACGUAUGUGAAUGAUUUAUGUUCUCUGUAUGCAAAUUUGUGCUCAGAAAACGAUCUUCAGAAUCUUAAUCAAGAAUCUUCUCCUGAAGAAAAAAAUACUUUGAAAAACAAUUUGAGUGAUAGUCCACAAUUUUCUAAUAGUGUUCGGAAGCAUAAGGAUAGUAUUUUUUCUUCCAAGCAAAGCUUGUUCGGAGAAAAUGGCGCGUUUCCAGCUAGUGCUCUUAAUACAAAUAAAGAAAUCGCGUUAAUUGAAUUUGCAAAUGGAUCACUUUUGAAAAUGAGAGCUUUAGGCAACGAAAAGAGUCAGUUAAUUCAAAAAGGCUUUAAUAAACAAGAAAAGAAGGAUGUAUGGAAAGGUAAAAUCCAAACUAUUCUGGAAGAAACCUGUGGUUCUUUAGGAAAUAGAACAAAACAAUCCACGACUACAACAGAAACCUUAAUUACCACAGAUAGUAAAGGCAACUAUUUAUCAAAUGAGCCUGGGGAUGGACGGAAUUUUGAUUCCGAAAUAUCCCGUUUGAGUUCAGUUCUUGAAGAAGCAACAAAAUCAGAAACUGUUGUUAAAAAUGUGCAAAACGAUCUAUCUGUCAUCAACUUUCAGAUUUCAGAUAACGCUGUCAAAAUACUAGAGACUACAACAUCACGUUUUUUCGGAUUUUUUGGUUGCGUCUUUCAAGCAUGUCACAUUUUGGGUAAUGUUAUAUCCUAUUACAUUUUUCAAAGACACUCUAAGCAAAGAGAAUACAACUUCAACUCAAGUUGUGUGUGUGGUUCAGAUUUUUGUAGUAUGGAAUCUGCCUGCAUUUUGCAUAAUCUAGAAAAGCCGAGUAACGAAAUCAGAUAUAUUUUGACUACAGUGUAUGUGCUGAUGAGUUUUCUUUCAGCGUUGAUUACAUUGCUGUUCCUAGACAAUUUAAAUAACAAAAGUGGUGAAGUGAAGUUUUCAAUAAAUAUGACCUUAACGACCUUUAGAUUCCAUAGGAACAAAAAUCUACUUCUUCUUAUACCGAUAUUCUUUUUCACAGGAAUUCAUCAAGCAUUUAUAAUGGGGGAUUUUACAAAGGACUUCAUAGGUUGUGCAUGGGGAGUUGAGCAUGUUUCUUUAGUCAUGGUAUCUACAGGAUGCGCGAUAUCUCUGUUUUCCUGUUUCUAUGGUUUGCUAGAAAAGUACGUAGGUAGAUAUGUGUUUCUCACAAUUGCUGCAGCCGUAACGCUUGCUCUACUCGUUAGAAUGCUAUAUUGGAUCCCGGAUUCAACUGAGCCGAAUAUGAUGUUUGUUGUUGCUGGUAUGUGGGGAGCUGUUAUAGGAAUUAUAUGGUGCCAGAUAAAAGCAUUUAUUGGACUCAUUUUUAAAGAAGAAGAAGAAACUGGUUUUGGGUGUUAUCAGCUCUAUCAUGCUUUAGGAUGUGCAGUGGCUUACGCAUACAACAACUAUAUAUGCACAUAUGUUAAAAUAUACAUAAUGUUAGCAAUAUCUACCAUAGGUUAUACUUGUUAUUUUUUUGCCGAAAGAAAUUAUGGUUUUAGUAAAAAGCAGUAUUAUAAAGCACGCACUUUAUUAAAAUAACACUUUAUAAUAA